UCUUUUAAAAGUCAAACCUGCCGAUCCGCGCUUGUGCACCUUCGCCCUUGUCCAGGAGUGUAGCGGCGUUUGUCCCCACUGUGCGAGAGCGGCAGAGGAGCGACGAUCGUGCUUAUACGCGCCUUCUUCUCGGCUGUCCGAGAGCAGGAGAGAAGAGGGAUUGUGCCGAGUUUUCAUUUCACCGUGCGUGAGGAGGGGAGGGUAUUUCCUGCGAGGUCAUCUUCAAUCGUGGAAGAGAAGCGACGUGCGAGAGCGGGACGUAGCUAGUUUCUGAGCAAAGGAUUCUCUGUUGCACCUUUAAUGAUAUGAUGCUUAAUUCUAAAGUUUUGUCGAAGCCUUCAUUCUGGACUGCUUGCAUAUCUCGUUCAUCAAUGGCUGUGCCUCUAUUGCCAUCCACCUCGUUGACGUCAAUCGUUGAAGGCCAUAUUGGUCCUAUGCAAAAUCUAACUAGUGUUGGUAGUAUUCAAAAUUUCAGUUCAAGUUGUUACAGUCCAUGGGAUGACUUGAGCAGUUCAGCCUGUAGUUUCAUCGAGGGCAAUGAUGGAAAAUCCUCCAAUAGUUGCAAGGAAGAACAUGCACCAAGACUAAAAUUGCGGGACUUGUCUCAGCCUUGGCCCCCUAUUUUGAGAUUGGCAUUUCCUAGCCAAAAUCAAUCGGUAUCUUAUAGUGUUUGCCAUCCAUGGCGUAAUCGUAAUCAUCACUACAGUUCUUGCCAUAAUGAUGAAGAAAUAAGAGAUAUAACAAACAAGGUGUUAAGUGGUUUGCCAAAAUUUGUCAAGAUUGUAGAAGUUGGACCAAGGGAUGGUUUGCAAAAUGAGAAGAAUAUUGUACCCACAUCUGUCAAAGUUGAGUUGAUACAUAAGCUGAUUGCUUCUGGGUUGAUGGUUGUUGAGGCCACUAGUUUUGUCUCUCCUAAAUGGGUUCCACAGUUAGCAGAUGCAAAAGAUGUCAUGGAGGCUAUUCGAGGUAUAGAGGGUGUGAGGCUUCCUGUUUUAACUCCUAACCUUAAGGGAUUUGAGGCAGCAGUUGAAAACGGUGCAAAGGAAAUCGCUGUAUUUGCAUCAGCCUCUGAGUCUUUUUCAAAGUCAAACAUAAACUGUAGCAUUAAUGAUAGCCUUGCUCGUUACCGUGAGGUCACUCAUGCUGCUGGGAAACAUUCGAUAUCUGUUCGUGGGUACGUUUCAUGCGUUGUGGGUUGUCCAGUUGAAGGAGUAGUUCCCCCCUGUAAGGUUGCUUACGUGGCAAAAGAACUCUAUGAAAUGGGCUGCUCUGAAAUCUCCCUUGGUGAUACAAUUGGUGUUGGUACUCCAGGUUCUGUUAUUCCAAUGCUUCAAGCUGUGGCCUCUGUUGUCCCUGUUGAGAAGCUAGCUGUUCAUUUCCACGAUACAUAUGGUCAAUCUCUUUCAAAUAUUCUAGUGUCUCUUCAAAUGGGCAUUAGUACUGUGGACUCAUCUGUUGCUGGGCUUGGUGGGUGCCCAUAUGCGAAGGGUGCCUCUGGCAACGUCGCCACCGAGGAUGUUGUCUACAUGCUCAAUGGGCUUGGAAUUAAGACUAAUGUCGAUCUCGGGAAACUUUUAGCCGCUGGGGACUUCAUUUGCAAGCACUUGGGGCGCCAAUCUGGAUCUAAAGCCGCGGUUGCGCUCAGCAGAGUCACAGCUAAUGCUUCAAAAUUGUAACAUGGAAUGAUCAGAAAUUUUCUCCAAAUAAUUUUCGUUCUAAUAAACUAUUAAUAAGCUGUCUACAACUGGUAGCCUAGUGGUUGGAACCAUAGUGAAGCAUCCCAAGGGCCCAGGUUGAGUGCUCGAUCUGUCCGCGCGCGCGCACACAUUAAUAAACCAAGAAUGCUGAUUGAUUUCCUUGAUUCAAGUACUGAAAGCACUUUGCUGUGUGCAGUUGGUCUUCUUGUUAUCAGGCAGACAAAAUUAGGUCCGUAGUGUAUUAUACCACAUCAUAAUCUUAUGGCAGAUACCAUCUCUUCAACUUUCAGUUGUUAAUGUAUCCAUUUUUGAGUCAUA